GAUGUCAUUCGUGAUCCACAAAGCGCUGUUAUUCGCCAGUUGGGGGCUGACUGAGAGGCAGUGGGUGGUGGUGGUGGGGGGGAAGGAAGGGAAGAAAGAAAAGAAAGGGAAGGAAAUUGGUUCAGUGGUGGGUUGGUGUUUGCUCCAAUAUAUAUAUAUAUAUAUCUAUUAAAAAAAAAGGAGAAGAAAAAAAAAGAAUAAAACAUGGACGUGGCAAUGGAUGUUUAUCUCACUGUCCCUCUUGUGUUCACUGUCUUGGCUGUGAUCAUCGCUUCUCUGUAUCUGAAAUUCCGACCCACAGAUACUAAGGAGGAGACCAUCACCACCACCACCACCACCAAAGUUGAUGAAAGCCAAACUGCAGAGCAGAAACCCAACGUGGAAGGAAAAGCAGCAGCAACAGCAGCAGCAGCAGAAGACAGCACCAAACCAGAGGAGGAGGAGGAGGAGGAGGAGAGGGCUGAGCAGAGCCCACAGGAGCCUGAGAAACCCAAAGAGAAGAUGAAAGUGGAGGAGAUCGGAGCCGAAGAGACAGCAGUGCCCCAGAGCGAGGACCCCCAGAAAAGGGCUGAGCAGGAACCCACCCCCCAGGAGGGAAAGACCCUGAAAGCUCCUGGGGACCAGCAGGAGCCCAGCCCCAGCCCCAGCCCCAGCCACCCCGAGGAGAAGCCUAGAAAGGAAGAGGACGUAAAGGUUGAAAACACUAAGACAUCACUUCCUGCUGACAAUGAAGGCCUAGUUGAUGACGCUCUCAAGUACAGUCCUGGCAAGAUUCGAGGCAGCCACUAUGAGAAGACUCUGACCAGAGAAGAGCUGGAGGAAGAACAAAGAGCAGAAGAGUAGGACUGAAUGGAGUCAGUACUUGCACAAGUGAAGAUUGUCUAGCUGGCCGGGGCUUGAACGUUCUGGAUGUCGAGCCAAAGUACCCAUACACUUAGCUUAUCCCCAUUAGGGGGUGAAGCGAAUAGAUUCUGUGGUAGAAUAUUAGUAUGCAUUUAAUUUGUAGUCAUUUAUAAUUCACUCUGCUUUCAGUUACAGACUAUAUAAUGCAGAUUAUCAAAUACAGACAAUGUUAAAAUGGAUAUACCUUUAUGCACAGCAAGCCUUAUAUCUUUGUGUAACUUAACGCAAGGCAACCAUAUUGUUUCGCACAGAAAUCCAUAACUGUUUGACCUGGUUGAUAAACCGCAACGAAGACUUUGUAUGGCAGGGUGUAGGGGUUUUCUCAAUGUGUUUGCUGUUUUCGGGGCCGUUGUUGUUUGUAACCGUGGAUUUGUAAUUCCAAAACGGCGACAUUUGCUUUAAACAUAUUACACAUGUCAUUAUCUUUGACCAUGUUUAAUAAAGCCUCAAGAAGUUAA